AUGCCUUCUCCACGCCGAGUGCGCCUGCUGAUCCUGGCGACCCUGGGAACCUUCAUCUUUAUUCUCUUCUACACCUCUGGCUUCGACUCGCACCGCGAUGCCGAGGCAUACGGCAACCAGGAGUUUAUCAAGAAGACGCAGCAUGCAAUGGGCGGGGACUCGCCGCCUGGGCAGGCCGUGGUGGACUCUCAAACGGGGCAAAAGGCUGGGCACAUACCCGCUGAUAAGGAUGGGGAUGGCGAUGUUGACGAGGACGACAAGGAGAUGGCCGUCCAGAUGCAGGAGCGCCUAAAGGCAGCCGAGCUGGAGGCCAAGGACAAGGCCAACGAGAAGGGUGGACUGCGACCCGACCCCCCGCGCAACGUUGUCGGUGUUGGAAGCUCAGCAGAGGGUCAGGACAAGGACAAGGUCGCCAAGCCUGCCAGCGGAGGCAAAGAUGUUGGGGCUUCCAAGGAGAAGCAGCCCCAGGCCGAGACCAAGACUAAGGAGCAGCUUGAGGCGCGAGAUGAGCUCGACUCUAUCCUCAAGAAGUCGCCUGUAAUCAUCUUUUCCAAGUCUUACUGCCCCUACUCGAAGAGAGCCAAGGGCCUUUUGCUCGAGAAAUACGCCAUCACACCUGAGCCGUACGUGGUUGAGCUUGACGAGCACCCUCAGGGUCAAGCUCUGCAAGACCAACUGCUCGAGACUACAGGACGAAGGACCGUUCCCAACAUCAUGGUCAACGGGGUGAGCCUCGGAGGCGCCGAUGACAUUGUCGAGAUGGACAAUGCGAACAAGCUGGUGGCCAAGAUUGUUGACCUCGGAAAUAAGCGGGUAGAGGUUUCUGAACGGUUCGUCAAGGGCGGAGCAGCACACUAA